AUGACGGGAGGUCGAUUGGAAACGUCUUGCGAUGAAGGUGAGAAAAGCUCUUCCAAACGUCGGCCAUUCACAGGCUACAAAUGGUAUCCGGAAAACAUGAGAGUGCCGGGUCCUCUCGUGAGAAGUUCCUCGAGACGAUCGGCGGAGCUCAUCUGGGACUCAGAUGCAACGGAUUCUGAGGAAUACGACAGAUCAACUUCAAUUUCAACUCCCCGGUCUCUCAUCCCGAUGACUACGACGAGGAGGAUAACCGCGGCGAUAGGAAUUGGACCAAUUCGACGCCGGGUUCAGGAAGCGCAUCGUCUAUGUGUUCUGAUGAUACCACCUUUGGUAUCGUUCGACUGU